AAAACAUCAAAAAAGAAAAAACCCAUAUGAAAACUAAUUCCUGCUAAGCUGCUUCUUCUUCUCGAUUCAAAAUUAAGGUGGAUUAGGGUUCACAGAUCCGCUUAGUUCUUGGAUUAUCACAGUUUUACUCGUAAAACCCUAGUCUCUCUCCUCCUCCGCGCAGCGUCGAAAAUGUUUCUUACAAGGACUGAGUAUGAUAGGGGAGUGAACACUUUCUCCCCUGAAGGCCGAUUGUUUCAAGUCGAGUACGCCAUUGAAGCUAUCAAGUUGGGUUCGACUGCAAUUGGGGUUAAAACCAAGGAGGGAGUUGUUCUUGCUGUUGAGAAGCGCAUAACAUCGCCACUUUUGGAGCCUAGCAGUGUUGAGAAAAUUAUGGAAAUCGACCAACACAUUGGUUGUGCCAUGAGCGGCUUGAUUGCCGAUGCACGUACCCUAGUUGAGCAUGCGCGAGUUGAAACUCAGAAUCAUAGGUUCUCGUAUGGUGAGCCCAUGACAGUUGAAUCCACUACUCAAGCUCUCUGCGAUCUUGCUUUGCGUUUUGGUGAAGGAGAUGAAGAAUCAAUGUCGAGACCUUUUGGUGUCUCUCUUCUAAUUGCUGGUCACGAUGAGAAUGGUCCCAGCCUAUACUAUACCGAUCCAUCUGGCACAUUCUGGCAAUGUAAUGCAAAAGCAAUUGGAUCAGGUUCCGAAGGUGCUGACAGCUCUUUGCAGGAGCAGUACAACAAGGAUCUAACUAUCAGCGAAGCUGAAACGAUUGCACUUUCGAUCCUGAAGCAAGUUAUGGAGGAAAAGGUUACACCGAACAAUGUUGACAUUGCAAAGGUAUCGCCUACAUACCAUCUUUACUCGCCUUCUGAAGUCGAAGCAGUUAUCGCCCGCCUAUGAGAAGAAAACUCCUUCGAUCUAUUUUUAACGAUCUUUUAUGUACGGACAUUGAUUUUGUAGUAUUACUAUGUUAAAUGAUUUGUCUAAGUUUCGGAUUAUACAAGAAUACGCGUGUUUAGGGUUAUGUUAAACUUUCUCAUCACUUUAAGAAUUUGAUUUUUUUUUUUAUUUGGACUUAUUAUCCUGC